GGUUGUGGCCCGUCGUGUCAUGGAGGAUCUCCUGCUGCAGAUCAUAAGGGAGUCGAACAAUGCGAGACUACAAAAUUUACGGAAAUCGGCGCAGGAAGCGCACGAUUUUCUGGAGAAGCAGCAGGGCCUGCUACGAGAUCCGCCGCACGAAUUGCGCGCGAAAUGCUUACAUACGUUUCAGCUAGCACUGGAAAGUAACAGGAGCAAGUUCGUUGCCUUCGGACUUGCGGGAUUGCACAAAAUGUUAAGAGACGACAGAUUCCAAUCACCGUACGAGCCAGAAGAUGAUUCGUUAUGGUUGCCUGCACAAAUGUUGCACGCCAUGAGCUCCAUCGUCUCGCAGUCCGACGACACGCAGACGGACAUGCUUAAAGUCCUACUACAAGUCGCUUGCUCUCCUUACUGGACUAUGAACGGCCGUUUGAUCAUCGCUAUACUGACCACUUGUUGCGAGGCGUUCGAGAAUGGCAAUCAAGCUGUGCGUACAGCUGCACAGGCUGCAACCAGUCAAACGUUGCGAUCGUUUUGUCUCUUUUUAGAUGAGGAGUGCCAGGAGAUGGACGAGAAUGCCAAGCGGAAUAAAAAUGUGCGCGAGCGAGGCGUUUCGUGUUUCAACGAGGCCCUGCCGAUCUUGCAGUACAUCUGCAGCAAGCUGGACGAGGCUCAGAAGAAAUCCUGUUCCAGCAACGGCAGAAACGGCAGCACUAUAGUCUUCCUACUGGAAUGCCUGCACACGCUCAUAUCGUCGCUACCGCAAAAGAUUCAUACUAACGCACACUUCACGACUUUCCUGUGGCAGAAGUUCUGUCCGGCCUUGAUAGCCUUCCUGGGCACUCCCCGGGUAGAUAAGACCUUUACCUCCCGUGAGGGAAAGGAGAACGAGGUUGGCAGAGGUUCCGGAUACUUGGCCACGUCAUUGAGUUUCGACAGUCAUCAGGCUAAAACUGUUUAUAGCAUUGGCACGGAAUUAGUAAGAUUAGUGGGAUGCGUCGGUCCGUUGCGACCAGUUUUGGAAUCGGUGUUCCACAGAAUGUUGCUAUAUCCACCGCCACAACAGCGUCUAGAGCCCUUGAAAGCAUUGAAGGAGUUACUGCGUAGUCCUAGUCGCAUGGUUGAUUUUGCUGGACCAUUACUUGUAGAGGAAGAUCGAUCGAGUCAUAUACAAAGUGACAUGGCACUGAUGAGACUGGCCAUGGACUCGAUAGAGGAAUCAACAACGGGUGGACUGGCUAUAUUGCACGCGAGUGUCUCUUGCGUUGUCGCCAUGCUGUCAGCGCUUCAAGAACUUUGCGAGGGCAAGGCCAUUAAUCACAAUUACACGUGCACGAUUAAUAGUUUGUAUGAGGAUUUAGAAUCCUGUGAUUAUCGCGGACCUCUGACUUACCAAAGCAUGGCACGAUUACCAAAAACAUAUAGGGAACAAUUGGAAUUAAUGAAGAAAGGUAUGGGUUCGGAUUCCGACUCAUCCGGGCAUGGACCGUCAGAAGACGGCGAUUCAACGGACACUGAGGGUCCGCAAAACGAAUCGGAUGACGUUCAGGAGGAAAAUAGUCUUGACGAUAACGAAUGCACAACGGAGAAUGAAUACGAGAGAUUGAGAUUGAAAAAAUUACCCAAGUGUCUUCACGUCGGUCGACAAGUCGCCGACGAGUGCAACGUGGACGUAGAGAGACAUAAUGCCAGGCGAUUUGUAAGAACGCUUAGAUCCGAUCUCAUACCGAUGGUCCUCACUUUGCGGAGUAACAUAGAGGUGGAUGAGGCAUUGCAGAACUUUGCUUCUGAAUAUUGUCAAGGGGUGUUUGUAGCUCAACAGAAGAUACAGGAACAAUCCGAAACCAGUACGGAUUCAUGUGCGUUAAUUACGAUUAUGAACGCCGACGGAAUUUACCUGGCGACGUACGCGGCGUUGCUUCUCAAUUUAAAAUUAAUCCAAAUAAAUUAUUAUCACGAGGAGGGUCGGCAAGUGCCAAUCAGCGAGGAGCGAUUUGUGGAAGAGGUGCAUGGAUCGGGUGUGCUAGUUUAUCUCUCGGCCACAUGGCUCUCCGAAUUGUAUCAGCAAGUUCUCGCGUGCAAUUUACUCGAAAAGUGUGGUUACAAUCCUAGCUCCACGGAGAAUAACGCGUUGGUUAAUGUUCUUACGGACGUGGAUGGUAUACCCGGCAGUCACAGGGGCGGACAAUUACUUUCCGAUUACAUAAGAUUGGAAAAAGCCCAACUUUCUCGAAGCGAACCAACUCCGGAAGCGGAGGCUGGCGCGAGACUCUCCCGAAGAGUGCUGACUUGUUGCUGGGGCAGUAUGAUGACGGUUCUCACGACGGGGCUGAAUCCGCCUAAGGAGGAAACCAAUAAAGGCAUCCUGAAUAGGGACGGUGGCAGAAGAGGAGUCAGAGACACGGUCGUCUUGGCGCUUGAAGGUCUUCACAAAGCUGCCACGUUGAGCAACGUACUUGGUUUACAGAAUCGCUGCGGCUCCAUUUUUGCCCUCCUCGCAAAGGCCGCUUGUACGGAACAAUCCAUUUCGAAGAUUACACGCAAGAAGGAUGUCCUCCGACUUAAAUUGCAGAACAAAGCGACUAAUCUUCAUACGUCUCACGCGCUCAGUAUGGAUGUGCUCCUGGGAAGAGGUCUGGAACUAGGCAGUCACGGUAGCGAUUGCUGGCCGCACGUUUUUACGUGUUGUCUAUACGUGAGUAAGCUGGAACAUGACUUCUUUGGAAGAAAUCAAAAUCCGUCACUGCCUAAAGUCUCUCAGAAGAAGGAAAAGAAAGAUGCUGCGAACGGCGACGCUAAGAACGGUCAAGACAGGCUUCGACUAAAUUUCAACAUUGUCGAUGACGAGGAAUCUUGUGUGGACGUUUACAGUUUCCUUUCAAGUCCUUACACGCAGAAUCCCAGUUCGGACACGAUUCCGGAGAUUAUCCAAGAAUCAAACGCCGACAGCCAAUUCAAUGGCAUUUUACCAGCGGACUAUGCCGCCAAGAUUAUUUGCGUGCUGUCGCAGCAAGUCGAUAGGCUUUUCGAGGAUGCGGCACUUAAAUUGAAUCUUAGAGCGCUCUGCUCGUUUCUCAUGGCUCUCUGCAAGGCCAGCAAGGCGCAAUUGUUCAAGACCACCGAUGGCUGUAAAGACAAUAAGAGAUUUUGGUGGAGACGAAGUAAGCCGAGGGAGAACGAGAUGAAUGUGUUGCUUCUGGCUCGCUUAGGCGAAGUUAUGCUGAAGUGUGUAAAGAGCGGCAGACCUUUGAUACACAUAAUGGGGGUAUGGACUAUUUUGGGACCACACUUCAUGGAGGCGGCUUGCCACGAGGAUCGUAGCAUUUCGAAGAAGGCCGUUCAAUGCAUCCACGAUUCCAUGGCGGCCUUGUUAAAUGAACAAAUAGAGCUUCCGCACUUCCACUUUAACGAGGCGCUCUUCAAACCUUUUGAAAACCUUUUAUGUCUCGAGCUCUGCGACAGCGACGUGCAGGAUCAAAUUGUCAGCUGCAUCUGUGAGUUCGUUGAAACGAAUCGGACCGAGAUACGUUCAGGUUGGCGGCCGCUUUUCGGCGCUCUCCGAGUGGCGUCGGUCAACAAUGCGGAUUCGGUGGAAUCGGCGCCUUUGCUAGAAGUUUUCAGAGUCUUCCUCUCAACGGACAACACGCUGGUCUUCGCCAACGCCGCGCUCGACUGUAUCCUGUGCCUGCUGAAACACGUGAGAGGUAUCGGCGACAACGAGGCGCAAUCCGAGGAGACCGAGAACGUCGACAGCGCGGAAUCGAGGAGGAUGCGACUCUGCGUGGAGAGUUUAAAGUAUCUGCUGAGCUGCAGCGACAUUCUGUCGUCGAUGUAUCGAAUGCCGGCCUGCCCGAUCUUCCAUUCCGCCCAGAGGAUUCAAGUCUCCACGAUCCCGCAGUACGUGGAUCCGAUCAUUCCGAAUCUCGAGCUGACCAGGUUCGACAAGCACAUCGAGUCGAUGCAGGAGCUGGUCGCCCCGGAGAAAUCGUACGACGCGCUGACGCCGCUGAUCGACAAGGACGCCCAUCCCAUCGCCACGUUGCAGAGCAUGGACAAGUCCAGCGGCAUCCUCAGGGUCUGGUACAUCCUCAUCGAGGGCCUGGCGAGCGCGACUAUGAUCUGCCCGAAGCGCUAUCAACCGCACACCCUGGAGACCCUGUUCCACCUGCUGCGCGACAUUCUGAACGUGCCCGGGCCGGCGUUCGGUCUCUACUGUGUUAAUCACCUGCUACUGCCCAUGGUGCAAAACUGGCUGAGAAAAACGUCCAAGAUCUUCCGCGGAUGGGACAACUUCGCGCCCAAUUUCAAACAGUGCUGCGGUCUCACGACGGAUCUCGUGGUCGAUUAUUUGACGCACUUACAAGGUCCAGAGAUCGUCAGAAACGAUGCCUAUUUACCCGCCACGACGCUGAUGUUGAAACAGCUUUUGUUAGUGAUGGCGGAAUGCGUGGUGCAGCCCACGGAGAGCAUAGCUCGUCUCGGUUGCGCUUGCAUCAGGCACGUCCUGGUGAGCAGCGGACCGCUCCUCACCCCGGAACAAUGGGAGGUCUGCGGCGUCGCGUGCUACCGCGCCUGUUCGAAUUCAUUGCAGGAGUUGCACCAGCUGACCAUGGCUUUCUCACCCAGAUCGGAAUCUUUCUACGGGGAUGUCGCCCAAGUGAAGGUCGCGGCGCGCCGAGACGCGACACCGGAAGAAACGGAACGGUUGCGGCAACUCGCCGCUCAGGUGUUCCUCCUGGAGGAACAAACACGGGUCGAAGAUGCCUCGCGAUCAUCUGACGAAAGGUCGUACGUGUUCCUUUUGUACCCUCCUGCCGUAGGCGCUACUCUCAAUCCCGAUCUUUACAUCGUUAGAGUCCAAUUGCGUGCGCUGGUAGUCGGACUUUUGGUACAUCAGAUGCUGCUUCAUUGCAUCGCGAGUGUCCUUCUUCAGGGUGCCGGCCCUUCAAUUUCAAGUUUGUCUCACGUGAUCCCGCACUCGACGCCAUGCAGCUCGCCUAAUCCUAACGCCAAACGGGGUUACUUGUCUCAUCUGAGUCCGCAUCACGUGGAGAUUUUCCUUUCCGCUCUGGACUUCUCGUACGUCGCCGCGCUGAAGUUCGAUUGCCGACCCGGCCUGAAAUUUCUGGUGCAGAAGGUGGCGAAUCUCGAGCAACCGGCUAAUCUGUACCGCCAGGCGGCCGCUGCUUGGACCAUUAAGAUCAUCACGCUGUUCGAGCUGUGUUUACGUGAGAUAGAGGAGCUUCAUGCAAGUCUAGAGCUGGUGAAGACGAUUCUGGGCACAGGGCUGGGCGACCGAGAAUGCGUCUACGACAUCAAGCACCGAAAGCUCAACAAAUAUCUCCGCCAACUCCGUACGAUUUUCGACGAGCUCUGCGAGACUUACGUCGAAGUGGUCCUUGACGAGGACGGCAGGUACACCAAGGCCGACAGUUUCGCCGAGAGGAAGAUAUUUUUGCUGGUGGCGCAGCCCGAUGAUUUUCCCGAGAUCACUAGAAAAGAGCCUAUCGACGCUCGACUCGUUGCCAGUGCUUCAGCCCUCGUCGAGUCGUCGGAAAAAGAUGAUCCCGGCGUCCGUCAAGAUCAGCCGGACGGUUACGAGGAGGACGAUCAGGACGAUCCAGACGACGUGUACAAUCCGAAUUUGGAUGACGAGAGCGGCUUGGAGGAGCUCGGAGCUGAGAGCGAAAACGAUCCGAGGCCCUUCAGACUGUCGGAUCUGGCCGCGGAAUAUUCGACCGAUUCCGGUCCGCAGUCCGAACCGGAAACCGACGACUCCAGACCGGUGUCCAGGCUGGGCUCGGUCACGGAGAAGAUCGUUUAUCUCGACCGCUCCGGUGGAACUUCCAGCGAGGGUUACAUCGAUGCCAAGUAUAACGCCACGACUCCGGCACCUCCCAAGAUGAUGUACAGUCGCGACGAUUUCUCUUACAAUUUGGAUUCGCACUGGAAAAGAUCGGAGUCAAUUUCCAUGAGAACUUCCGUGGCAGAUAUGAAACCGCUUCAUCGAAAUUCCUUCUCCGACGAAGGCUUUUUAUAUCAAAAAUCGUAUUCGGAGAGACCUGGCAGCGACGUAGGUCCGUUGCCCAGGCGGAAAUCCUUGACAUUCGUCACGGCGGCAGAUCUCGAAAACGAGGACAAGUCUUCGCUGGCCGAUGUAGAUCUCCGACCGAAGUCGGUGAUGGAACUACGCCGAGCACCCACCUGGACGACGUCCGAUAUUUCUUCCAGCGAGUCUCGCGAACCAGAAGAAAGUAUUAAGAAGGAAGACAAAAAGAAUUCUAAAUCUUCGCAGAUUCUUGACAAUAUGGACGAAUUAUUGCGCGAUUACGAGCGUAGCAAGCGCGGCUUUAGGACAAAUCCCUUUUUAUGGGACGAGGAAGAGACGACUGCAGUCGAGAGCCAGUCGAUCGUUAAUCAGAAGGUGCCGAUUCAGAGGCGAAACAUCAAUAAGGACAGCGAGGCUCAUAGGGAAGCUUGGGCAGACACUUUAAGCACUGCAUUGGAAUGGGCUUUAGCUUUACCAGAUGAACGAUUGGCACCGUUGCUUCCGGUUUUCGUGCGCGGCGUGCGAAUAUUGACCAGGCAUGCCGUAGACCAGAGCCUGAAACAACGUCUCUCAACCCUCUUUCACCGUAUCGCCGUGCUUUAUGGAUUGACAAAUAAUUAAUAGCGAUCGAGAUUUAGAUAUAUGCGAUCGCGGCCUUAGUUGUAAGACUGUUCAAGAGACGAAGAAAGAAUGAUUUAACACGCUUACUUUUCAAAUUCUUUAUAGUUACUGUGAUAGAUAGAUAGAAUUGAAGGGAGAAAUGGAAAGAAGAUGCAGGAUCUGUUAAUAUAUUUUAUUCGAAAUUCUCGAUCAAAUUAAGAUAUACUAAUCAGUAAUCAAGUAAAUUGAAUUAAAAAAAAAGAAACACGAAGUUUCCGUUAUCACGCCGCGGGAUCUUUAUUUUUUUUCUGUAUUAUGCCGACGGCGUCGACACGCCGGAGACAAGGAUUUUAUUUACGAUCCAUUCCGCAUGCACAUCUCUCGAUUCUCAUUUUAUGCUCUUUGCGCUUAACUGUAGUUUGCGGUCCGGUCAUAGUGCCGGGUGUAUCGGAUUUUUGCUUCCAGCGUAAAGCUUGGAAACACGAGCGACGAAUGAAAGGUGUCUCGCGCGACGAAUGCGCUCGACACGAGUGAUACUCGGCACUUCUCUGUUCACUUAUCAAAAUGAUCUCUAGAGAAUCGGAAUAUGCUAUUAUUUUUUUACGCGGUUUUCCUUUGCUAGUAUAAAUAGCAAGUAUCCUUUUUGUAGAAGAAAAGAGAUAGAGCAAAGGAUUUUUGACGUUUGAAAAGGAUCAUCUACAUAUAUUCCUUGCAAUGAGUAUUAUAUUUUAUUGUAUAUAACGUAACACACUGUUGGUGUGAGUUUAAUUAGGAUAAUAGUAUUUUGUAUUAUAUAUAUAUUUCCGUAAGCGUAGUCGGUGUUAUUUGUUGAUCUAAUUUAUUUCUCUCGUUUUGCAAAUUGACGUAGAGAUUAUAAUCGAACGUUGAUGUAUAUAUCAGAUAUUAUCCCCGAUGUUUCUUUACGUAUGGUGUAUUCCAUAAAUGUUGUAAAUGUUGUUGAACAUCAGAUGGAUUUAAAUGGAAGGAUUAAUAAUUGAUAUAUAUAUAUAUAAAAUAAAAUGUGCCUAUGUAUCCCAUCUGUUUCCCCCCCCAACAUGCAUCUAGAUGAUGUAAAGUAGAGUGACUGAGAAUAAUGAGAAUAAUCGUUAUGGAUCUCAAUGCAGCUAAAGCGCGUCCACGAAAUAUAUAUAUAUACAGUAUAUGGUACGAAACGUGUAUCUCCAAUAAGAUGUAUGAACAUUAAAAUAAAUGAAUUCUAACAUCGGAGUAACUA